CAAUGGUUAGGAUUAACUGGAAUGUAUGAACCUGAUUUUUUGAAGUGCCUUGAGACGACAUGUGUUGUGAAUUGGAGCUAUAUAAAUAAACUGAAUUGAAUUGAAUAGCAGACGAUGUAAGAAUGUCAGUUAAAGUAUUUUUCUCUCUCAAGCCAUUCAGCUGUGAGCGGUCAUUAAUUAUUUAUAUUUUGAUCAGAGGUGACAUCCCCUGGUUGGAAGUAAGGUGACUGUAGUCAGUCACUGUAAAACUGGAUUUUACAAUUUUUAAAGCAAAAAUGAUACAUUGGAAACAUCAAUGUCUGAGUAUAUGUUUUAGAGGAUUUAGAUCCCUGUGCUAAUAACACUGAGGUUUCCUAAAGGCUACCAGCAUUUCUAAAUGUAGCAUUUUACAUGACAGGGGUUGAAAGGCUAAAUCCAAGACAUUUUGCUAUACCCUUUCAGUCUAGGGGUGGGAAUCAUGAUGCAAUUUAGAUUGAGAAGGCUAUAAUAUGACUAAAGUUGAUUAUUAAUACCCCCACACAAACAUCUACUAUCCCUUUAAUAAAAACAGCUUUUUGAUCGACAGAAAACUGAGCUCAAAUAACCCGGAAAAUAAACUACUACUAGCUCUGAUUCCAAACUAACAAACAAUGGCUCUUUUUCACAAGUAAAUGAGUGUAAGAUCUCUCACUUCAUCUUUAACUAAAACUAUAUCCUCCUUGGUAAUAUGCCUUUCCUGCUACACUCAAUGACAGCUCAUUUAAUCAUUUAAUUUUAUCUCAAUCACUGCUCUCAUUUGGCCACACACUGCGCUAGCCACUAUGCAUCAUUUCAUCGGAAAGCCUUUUAGAUGGGAUGAUGUAUCCAAAUAGUGCCUCAUAGCUCAAAAGCCCUGAUUCUCAACAACUGCUGCUGGUCACAGAUCCCUUGCAGUAGAGGUGGCAGUGAAUUUCGUAUUGGCUUCACCUUUUCCUGGUUAGAGGGGAAGCUUUGACAUCACUCGCUUAAUGCCCCUCCAACUGACGGUGGCAGGCUAUCAGCUGUUCUUCCACUUCCAGGUGGAACUGUUCAAUUUGGUGGCUCACCUUUGUCCUUUCAGAACAUUUCAGCUGGGUUUUACAUAGGGCUGGGCGAUAAAACGAUAUAGAUAUAUAUCGCUAAAUAACUUUUCCUUGAUAGAGAUAUGAAACAUGAUCGAUAGACUUUUCGAUAGAUGGUGUUCAUCCAGGUUUUGACAGAAUACGAAUAGCCAGUGAUCAUAAGAGUUGCUCUGCGCUAGACCAAUCAUGUAUCUGGAAUACAGAGAUGCAAAGUUACGUUGAUGCAGACAGCUCAGUAGCAGCCAGACGUGCUAACGGCUAAUGUUUGUGCAGCUGUAGCCUCUUACUUCAGGUAACAGGUAGGUUCAGGGUACCCGCGGGGUCUUAAAAGUAUUUAAAAAGUCUUGAAUUUUUUACUAAAUAAUUAAGGCCUUAAAAGUAUUACAUUUUGAAGACAAAUUAUAAAAUGUCAUUUACUUGUCUUAAUUUAUUUUGUCCUUUAGUGAGACAAUAAAUGCUAAAAUGUCCUAAAAUACUGAAGCAAAAUGUGUUGUUGGUGUGUGCGAGCAAUGUAAGAAUUCACGUGCCCAAUGACGAAUAUCCGUUUUACGAAGGGCUCGUCAGCCGACUUUCUCCCGUGGGUUCAGUGAGUGGUGGGAAAACAAAACCACCUUGUUAGUAAGUUAGCUUAGUGUGCUUCAGAAUGGGCAAGUGUCGUUUUAACCCGAAGUGGCAGCAGAAUCCAAAAUACGAGUGGGUUAAACCUAAUUCGGACAAUGACCACGAGGCCCAAUGCUGUUUGUGCCGAAAAUCUUUUAAGCUGGGGACGAUGGGACUUAUGGCUUUGGACUCCCAUAUGAAGAGUGCCAAACACGUCGCUUAUGCUAGAGCCCACCAACAGCAGGCACCUAUUGCUCAGUUCUGUUCAAAGCAAGGCUCUACUUUAACAACCAGCAAUGUGGGUACUGCAAGUAAUACUGAAGCAUAAUCGGUAGUACAGCCAGUGAACCUGCGAGCUCAUUCGCCAACUCUUCGGGCAGAGGUGAUUUGGAUCCUGAAAACAAUUUCGGACCACCACUCAUUUACUUCGAACAACGAAAUUAGCGCAAUAUUCAAAACAUUGUUUCCCGACUCUGAGAUCGUGGCUAAUUUCACCUGUGGAUACAACAAGACUGCAUACAUCACCAAGUUUGGUCUGGCUCCGUUCAUCACUAAACAACUGACUGACCAAGUCAACGUGGUCGCUUGCUUUGUUGUCAUGUUUGACGAAAGCCACAACAAAGACUAAACAGCUAGACCUUCACCUGCGCUACUGUGUUGGUGACCAGGUUCGAUCAAGAUAUUUUGGGUCCCAGUUUAUGGGUCAUGCAACAGCGGUGGACUUGCUCAAACAUGUUAAAGUAAGUAUCAUUUAGAAGAGCUUAUAUUAUGCUUUAGCACAACCUGUCCUCACAAUGUAAGCUAAAAUGGAUUUGGUUUAAGCUGUUAUGAAAGCUUGAAAUUCAUGUAGCAUGUUGAGCUACCAAGUAAUGCUAGCAGUCGUGGACACGUAGUAGAUUGGCAGAAAUGAAAUUAGCAUUGGUCAUUUAAGUCAUUUUUUUGAUGCAAAAAAUGUUUUGGUUCCAGUUUCACAAAUUUGAAAAACUUUACAUUUUACUUUUGAAUAUUUGAAUGUAUUUUUAAUAGUUUUUGAGGUGGACUGACAAAACAAAAUUUGUGAAGAUGUCAAUUUUGGGCUCUAGGCAAAUUUGACAUUUCUAUUUUAUUUAUUUAUUUUUACAGUCCAUUAAUGGAGAAAAUAACUGGGAGAUUAUUGCAUUGUGAAAGAUAUAGAUUACAGUGUGAUAUAGAAUAGUUCUACCUCAAUCAUUUGUUUAUUUAAUUCUGCUUUUGAUUACUUUUACAUUAGUACUUCCACAUCAAUUCUGUUCUAAACAAAGGAUCUUUGUCUUCCACUGCUAACUAAUAUGUUUGUAUUAUAAACUAACAUACCUAUGUGCACAUGUUAUGCUAAAACUAGCUUUUGAUUCCUAUAGGAAUGUCUACGUGACCAUGAUUUAAGAAAGAUGGUCUCUUUGUCCAUGGAUGGGCCCAACGUCAAUUGGCGUUUUUUUGAGAUGUUGCAGCAAGAGCAUGCAGAACAGUUUGGGGGGGUUCAGCUGGCAGUGGUGGGGAGUUGCGGCCUCCAUACUCUACACAAUGCUUUCAAGUGUGGAUUCACAGAUUGGCACAUAGAGAAGUUUCUCAGGACUCUGCACACAAUUUUCCACAAUGUGCCUGCAAGAAGAGAAGAUUUUUGUAAUUUCACUAAAUCCAAAGUCUUCGCUCUGCCUUUUUGUGGCCACCGCUGGGUCGAGAACCUCCCAGUAGUAGAAAGGGCCCUCAACAUCUAGCCAGACAUGAUAAAGUAUGUUGAGGCUGUCACAACCAAAAAGCUCCCUCACCCUGGGACUUCCUCCUACAACACCAUUGUGGCGGCAACCAAAGACCCUCUCAUCCCGGCCAAGUUGCAUUUCUUCACGGCGGUCUCACGAAGCAUGACACCUUUUCUCACCAAAUACCAGACUGCUGAGCCUGUGCUGCCUUUCUUUGGAAACGACAUGGCAGAGCUGCUGAAGGUAAGACUUUGCUGAGGCGAUUUAUCAAAAGAUAACUUCUCCAUGAUGUUACGCCACUACAGUUGGUCCGGCUUGAUGUCACUGACCCGCAGUCUAGGGUUCAUCCAAGAGCUGUUGACAUUGGCAUUGGAGCAGAGUCUGUUCUGAAGGAGCUCCAGCAGCAGAGUAGACCCAUUGUAGGGGAGCUUUCUGUCCUCCAGUUCAGAAAGGAAUGCAUGGAGGGUCUAUCCAGAAUGGUGAAGAAGAUUCAGGAGAAGAGCCCCUUGACUUACCCAACUGUGAGACAGAUGACAUGUCUUAACCCAGCCAUGAUGUAUUCAGAUCCCGACUUGUGCCAGGGCAAGAUGAAGUGUCUAGUCAAAAGGUUUCUCCAAGACAAGCAGCUGGCAGGAGGUGUUACUGCUGGUGAUCUAAUCAUCCAGCAGUUUUCACAAUUUCUAUCCCUGGAAGUAAGGAAUGAGGAGUUCCUGUCCUUCAAGCCCUUGGAGAAGAGGCUGGACAUGUUCCUUCAUCAUUUCAUCAACGAGCCCUACUCCGAGCUCUGGGCUUUCCAUCAAAAGCUUUUACUCCUCUCUCAUGGCCAAGCUACCGGGGAGAGGGGGUUCUCCAUCAAUAAAGAAAUUGAGAUCUGCAAUAUUCAGGAGGAAACCGUCAUUGCAAAUAGAAUUGUCUGUGAUUAUGUGUCCCUACAUGGGGGGGUUAUUAAGGUCCCUCUCACACCGGAGCUCAUGUCCUCUGUUACAGCAGCUAGGACCAGAUACCGAAUCCAUCUUGAGAAUGAGAGAAGAAAGAAGGAAUCCGAGGCAAAGGGACAGAAAAGAAGGGCCAUGGAGGAGCACCUGGAGCAACUUAAAAAGAGUAGAAGAGCCAUCCAGGAAGUGUCUGAAGGUCUGGCCAGAGAUGCUGACAAGUUAGCGGACGAGGCUGAGGACAAGCAAGUUGACAGCAAGAUGGCAGAGCUCAUUACAGUUCUGUGGUGUUCUGGGUCGCACAUUUAUGGAGUUUCUGAAGGGCAGUGGAGACUACUGCCAGGCUCAGCACGCUGCCUAUGCAGACGAGUGAAAAGCAAAACUUGCCAUCCAUAUAACGUACUUGAGCCACCAGAGGGACCCUGGAAAUUUUACAGGACCGGGAGACCUCCCAGAACCAGCGAUAAUUCAGCCUGGAUGGGGUAACUCCACCUGCUGCACACUGCCCUCGUUGGCUUCCACCCGGCCAGACCUCAAGGUGGAACCACCCUUUUUUUUUUUUUUACUUUCUUUUCUUUUGAUUUCAUCCCAAAGGAGAGGAUUUUAAGUUACUUUUCUAAUCGUCUGCCACUUUGUCAGCUGGCAUCUCCUAAACUUGCCCGCCAUUUUUAUUGUUUUAGCAUUGCCAACUUUUAAGAAGACAGAGGGAUCUUUGUUUCUGAGCUUCCUUAAGCUCAUUGGACCUUUUG